GGGCGCGUGAGAACCCGGCGCGCGCCGCCCCUGCUGCAGUUCGCGAGCUCGCACGCUAGCUGCAGAGUCCCCCGGGCCGUCUCCGCUUCCGCCCUGCGCCACCUGGACUUGCUAUUCCUUGGCGCCGAGGCCCCUGAGGCUGCAUCCAAGCCUCCGACACCCGCUGCCGCCCGCCACCGCUGCUCCCCGGCUUCCCCUCCCCCCACACCCGGGGCCGGGAGCCGGAGGAGGAGGGGCCCGUGCAUUCUCGCCGCUGCUCUUUGCAGCCUGCGGGGGCCGGUGCAUGCCUGGCGAGGAACCGGGGCCGCUGCAGGUGCGUGCAAUCCCGGGAGGAGACGACCCCACCCCCACCCCCCGGCGAACCCGGGGGCUGCGAGCGGCGGGCGGGCGGGCGAGCGAGAGGAAGCAACAAAGACAGGCUGCAGCUGGGGCUGGCGAGAGGGGCCGCGGCCGCCCGGCUCCCUGCGCGGACGGAGAGGGCGCCCUGGGAGCAGCGCGGGGCGAGCUGCAGAGGUGAGCGGGGCCCCGAGGGGAGGCGCAGCGCCUCCCGCCGGACGCGGCGAGCACAGACUCCGGCGAGGAUGCGCAGCCUGAGCGCCCUUGCGGCCCGGGUCCCGGGCGAAAGCGACCCUCGCUGAGCAGAGAACCUCCCAGCCCCGACUUCGGACGGCGCACUCCUGAGUCUGGAUAGCUCUCACCGACAGCGUCCCUUCCCACCCGGAGAGAAGCAUCGGCUCCCGAGCGGGGCUUCCUCGGGCAGCCUCUGCCACCUCUGCAUGGCUGCAACCUGUCUAGUGGAGCGUAGAGGCCGCUGAGACCGGGUGCCCUACGACCCCCUGGCUGAUCGGGGACCCUGCUGCAGAGCGCACCCGGCGAGGACCCCGGCACAGCCAUGCUGGCCUGUCUGCAGAGGACCCAGAACCCUCCCGGCCAACACCUGGCCUGCCCAAGCAGGAGCCUGGAGCUGCGCAAGUGUGAGACGGUGGCCAGCUCCAUGCAUUCCUCCCGCUACCCGAGCCCGGCCGAGCUGGACGCCUACGCUGAGAAGGUGGCCAACAGCCCGCUGUCCAUCAAGAUCUUCCCCACCAACAUCCGGGUGCCGCAGCACAAGCACCUCAGCCGCACGGUCAACGGCUACGACACCAGCGGCCAGCGCUACAGCCCCUACCCGCCGCACAGCAGCGGCUACCAGGGCCUGCUGGCCAUCGUCAAGGCCGCCGUGUCCUCCUCCAGCGGGGCCGCACCCGCCGGGCCGGCCAAGGGCGUGCUCAAGAGCGCAGAAGGCAAGCGGACCAAGCUGUCGCCUGCCACCGUGCAGGUGGGCAUUGCGCCCUACCCAGCCCCCAGCACCCUGGGGCCCCUCGCCUACCCCAAGCCCCCCGAGGCGCCUGCCCCGCCACCCAGCCUGCCCGCAGCGGCCACCACGGCCUCGGUGAUCCCCCUGCCCGGCCGCGGGCUGCCCCUGCCGCCCUCCAACCUGCCCUCCAUCCACAGCAUCCUCUACCAGCUCAACCAGCAGUGCCAGGCCCCCGGCGCUGCACCCGCCGCCUGUCAGGGUGUGGCCGUCCCCCACCCCAGCCCGGCCAAGCACGGCCCGGUGCCCAGCUUCCCCAGCAUGGCCUACUCGGCCACCGCGGGGCUGCCCGACUGCCGCAAGGGCGCCGAGCUGGGCCAGGGAGCCACGCCGGCCCUGACCCUGGCGGGGGCCACCAAGCCCGCAGGCUACGCCGACGGCGGCCUGGAUUACCUGCUGUGGCCCCAGAAGCCGCCCCCGCCGCCGCAGCCCCUGCGCGCCUACAGCAGCAGCAGCGCGGCGGCCAGCAAGUCCCCCGAGGCGUGCGGCGGGCGGGCCUACGAGGGGCUGCCCGCCGGCUUCGCCGUGGGCCAGUACUUUGCUGCCCCCUGGAACAGCGUGCUGGUGACCCCCACCAGCGACUGCUACAACCCGGCGGCCGCCGCGGCGGUGGCGGUGACUGAGCUGGGGCCCGGGACGGCGCGCGAGCUGGCGGGGCCCGCGGCCGACGGCCUCUCGGGCCUGCCCAGCAAGAGCGUGUGCAACACGUCGGUGCUGAGCAGCAGCCUGCAGUCCCUGGAGUACCUCAUCAACGACAUCCGGCCGCCCUGCAUCAAGGAGCAGAUGCUGGGCAAGGGCUACGAGACGGUGGCCGUGCCCCGGCUGCUCGACCACCAGCACGCCCACAUCCGCCUGCCCGUCUACAGAUAAGGCCGCCCGGCGCAGGCGCGGACUGACGGCCCGACGGGGCGGGGACGCAGGCUGCAGGCGGGGUCAGGGGCGGGGUCAGGGGCCGGCCCUGCGCCCGCCGAUCCCGCAGGGAAGCCUCGGUGCCGCGCACCGAGAGAGGCUGGAUGACCUCGGAGGCCCCACCCCAUCGGCUACCCCAGGACACGGGGAGGGCCCGGGGAUGUCCAUGCCUCCCUCCACCUAGGCCGGCAGAGGCAGGGAGAGAGAAGCCACCGCAACGCAGGAAUGGUUCUUUCUGGGUCUCUAGAAGAGGGGCUCAGACCACCAGGGUGGGGUGCAGGAGGAAAUGGGGUGCUCCAGAGUCUCUUCCCACAGUCUCCCGGAAAAAGGAGCAAAGGGGGGCCUUUAGGAAGUCAUGGGGUCCAAAGGGUCCCCCUGCCAGUUGAUCCAGGUGAAGACCACUCCGACCCCAGAGUCCUACCGUCACCCCCACCUCAGUCCCUCCUCCCUCAGUCUCUCUCCCCCCCCUCCAGAUUUCUUCUUAAUAGAAUUGCAGCCCCCCCCCCCCCCGGACACACACACCAUUCUCUGUACCCUGGACCGACAUCUACCCCCCUUCCCUCCAAUACAUCUUAUAGGGCUGCUGGGCACAGUUGUGCAAGCUGCACACUGCACAGGGGACCUCCUUCGAGGACACCACCUGCAUCUUAGAUUUGUAUAUUUAUUACAAUUUUCUGCAUCCUGAGGAAGAGGCACCAUGGGGGCUGGCAAUGGGCCUGCAAGCUUAGACCCCACUCAGAGGGACCCCACUUACCUUCUUUGGAGGGAAGUUUCCUGGGAGCCAGCAAGGGGGCAGCCUACUGAUUGUACUUGGGAGACCCCAUCCGACUCCUUUCUGGCAGACUGGCCUCCAGGGCCUGGCCCCCCUCGAUCAUGGGGGGAAGGGAGGCAGGGGUCCCCAGUAAGUCCCCAAGGCCUGAAGUCCCACACGUCGUCUCGGCCCUCCUGGCGCUCGGGCCCGGUACUGUAUCUCUCCAAGGCCUGUUCAAGCACUAAGUGCAUUUACGAAUCUCUGAGAAUGUUUUUUUUUUUAUACUAAAAUUGACCAUUAUAUUCUACUGUGAGAAGUGCGCUCCGCACUAUAUUGUUUUAAAAAUGAAGAGAAAGAAAAAAAGAGGAAAACGCAGAAUGGUGUCUGCGCCGUAUGCUUGCUUUGGAGUCUGGGUUGUGCUGCUCUUUCUUCCUGCCCUUGGGGGUGAAGUGGGCUGUGUCCUCCCCAGCUGGGCUGACCUGCCGUGCCUGGAGCUAGUUUGGGGAGCCUCAAAACCACCUUGCAAGUGGGGAGGUGUCUGAGAGUGAGAAGCUGAGGAUCAGAGACAUGCAGUGAUCUGCCCAAGGUCACACAGCAAGUCUGCACAUCCUGCCUCAGCUUCCCCAGGCUCUUCUCCCCUAGGCUUACCAGCCCAACAUCUGGGCCAGGAAAACUCAGAACCUCCCCCAGUCUGAAGCCAGGCAUCCCUCUUAUGUGCGGGGCCCUGUGGCCAGCUGGUAAGUCCAAUGCAGAGGAGGGAGCGUCCACCUCCCCAAGACCAGGCCCCCAAGUCUGGCAGCACAGGGAGCCAGUCCCCAGGAGGGUACUGGGCUCCAGACCCUGGGUUCUCCAGCAGCUGCCCAGCCUCCGUGGAGGGGGAAACCGAGGCGUUGGGAGGAAGCAGCCGCUUCGGGUGAGACCCAGGCCCUUGGGAGCCGGUCAGCGAGGCAGCCCAGCACCCAGCCGAGAGGCAGAGCUGGGGGGACCUGGGAAGGAGCAUGAUAGUGCAUCAUUAGCACCGGCCCCGGAUGCCAAGGGGACUUUAUGAGCCACUCAUUUGUAUCUCACAACCACCCAUUUACACAUGGGGACACAGAGGACCUGUGGCCACCAUCAGGGCCAGCCCAGUGCCAGCUUGUUCUCUGGUUCACCCAGAACCCACCUGGAGAAGGGCAGAGGCAAGACCGCAGCCGAGCUCAUGGCCAGGUCCCUCGCAUCCGAAGGUCUGGGCAGCCCACCGCUUACAUCUUGGAAAACCUCCUGGCCCUGCCAGGGUCUGUACCUGCCCCGACAUGGACUCCCUGGGUGCCUCAGUCUCCCCAUCUGAACCCUCUGGCAUGGGUGCUGUUCCAGCAUGUCUAGUCCUGCCCGGUAUUUCUACAGUCCCUGGGGAUUACAGGACAGGACACUGUUGCUGUCACCAGCACAGCUCACGGCUUGUGCAAACAGCCGGGGCACCAGGCUCAGAGCUGAACAGCACCUAGUCCUCUGGUCACUCAGCACGGCAUGCUGCAUGGUCGCGCUUUACACGCCAGGUCCUGAGGGCUGAGGAAGGACCGUCACUUUGUCCAGCUGAGGCCCAAGGACGGAGAAGCAGCUGGCAGAGGACACAGGCCUGUCCAGUUCCCAGCCUGAGCUCUCGAUUGCCGCGCUCUGCAGACGACCCCUGCCCGUGGCCGGUUCAGCUCCAGAAGCCAGGCCCAUGGGUCCGCGGCCCGGGCACCCCGCUAUCAGGCUGAUGAAGGGGCUCCCUGGCCCGCCCCUCCUUCGGAGCCGCACCCUUCUGUGUCAACCCUAACGUCCUCCUCCCCAGGGAACCCUCCUGGGCUCAUAGCCUCAGUAGCCAGGGGUGCCCGCACCUAACGUCACUAUUCCUAACAUGUCCCGACUCGGCCACCAGGAGAUGGCCUCGUCCUCUGGCAAUCAGAGCUGCCCCAGAGCAGAGGGGGCCCCAGGAGCAGAGGGCAGUGGAGGGACCCGAGUCAGCAGGCACCCACUUUUCCAGGGUGGCUCCCUGUUUUCUGGACUCAGAUCCAUGUC